AUGGCAUCUCCUCAGCCAGGGGACAUCGCAUAUCUGCCCCAGGAGCUUUUCCAGAUGCUCGUCGGUUAUCUCGAACCAGUAGAUAUUGUCCGAUGUCGCCGUGUUAGCCAGACUUGGUACGAAGCGUUUGGGAACCCAAGUAGUCUCAUCCCCAUAGCAAAGGAAAGAUUUCCCUUGGCCAAGGAAGUUCGCGAGCUCUACCAAACCGCUGCAUCUGCCUGCGGUGAAGAAUACUCGGAGAAAAGGCUGCAUCAAUGGCGAGCUGUAUUCGACAAGGUCUCGGAGCGAUACUAUCGCCUGGCUCGCGGUCGGCCUCGCUCUAUCCAGAAAUUCAAUUUACAAGGGAAUAAUAACCACGGCAAAGGUGGAUAUCGGACUUUUAGAGUGUCUCCCUGGGAAACCCAUUCAAGUCACUUUGGCGAUAAUAUUGACAUGUUCUUCGACCAAGCUCUCUGGACAUAUGAAGAAGGAUUGGCCGUGUUUCCAAACGAAGACGAGGAUUGCCUAACUCUGUUGGACUUGGAAACCCAACACACAUUCAUGGUCCCAUUCGUCACCGCCGAAAAGAUUAUUCGAAGAUUACGUCUCCACGAUAGACUGCUGGUUAUUGAGUGGGCAGAAAACGAACCCUUCCAUUGGCUGAACGAAAGAGACAGUGUGCAUCGCCACUACGCUACCUCGUUUGAUAUUACUCAAGAUGGCCGUGGUUGGGAUAUCACACUGCGUAAUGAGUGGAAAAUAAUGUUUCUUGGACAUCCUUUGGGAGAAAGAGAUCGGUUCUUCUCUACACAUAGUCGCAGUCAUUAUGCUAUCUAUGUAUGGCAACCAAACCGCAGCCUCUAUACAGCUGAGGAGGAUGCGCCAAUCGAAUCUUUGUCAGUCUGGGACAUUUCUCGGCGUUCUGAGUAUAGAGCAUCGCAAGAUCCGACAGGGAGAUUGAGAGAUACAUCAGCUGACUCUGGCCCGCCUAUUGUCAAUCGUUUGACUUUCCGAGAACUAGGGUUCCACUCUGUGAGACAGGGAGGACUUCCUGGGAUCAUACGGCUGGACAUCCCCAACGGUUCGGAUUCAAUUUCCAUCACCGAGGUAAAAAACCCGGGCUUAUCUGAUGAAUACAACCCUCUUGAAUACUCACCUAGAGUUUUUGUGACAACUAUUCCUUUUAUUGGGCAAGGGCCGUCGUGGCGGAGACGAGUCGAUACGCUGUUUCCUCCAUACCGCGGAAAUUGCGCAAUGGAAAUUCCGCCGUGGACAAAAACAGCGCCAUUUCCUUGUUACUGGGGUAUUUGCGAGGCAACCGAUAACAAAGCUGGUGUAUCUUUUUGUCUUUCUUACCUGUUUCCCCAAAGCUAUGUAGAGGGCACGGAAACCCAUACACUCACGGUGACAAUCCAUACGCCUGGCGCAAUCACAAGGCUAAGUCAUGACUUGUCCAGACAACUUUCGGUCAAGGGAAAGAUCUGUGGCAAUGAGCGAUUCGUUAUUGGCGAAGAUGGUGAGAAUCAACUGACCGUGCUACGUUUUUGA